UUUUGUUUGUUUCAGAUGUUAGAAAGGAGAUUAGCUCAGGCACUGUUAGUAUGUUUCGCAAUUGUGGCCAUUUCACACACAACAGACACAACUCAAACAGUUAGACGAAGACUACGCAGGCCAUCGACAAGCACAAGUCUCAGCAAAGACCAGGAGGUGUCAGCAAGCGUGAACCGGUUCAAGGUGCGCAGUCGCGUCACGUCAGCGCCAUCAGUGCUCGCGUCACGCAAGUCGGCGACAGUUGCGCCAUCUACAAGCGAUGAUGGCUACAAGGUGAGAAAAACUAUUAUUCUGUUGAAUAUCAGCAUAGAGAAAAGAUAG